GGCCCUGGCCAGGCCGGUCGCCCUGCCUCCGUUUCCUUUCACGCCGUGGCUGCCCGGAGGGUUGCUUGUGUGGCCGCCGUGCCCGGAGGCUGGCGGAGGCGCGGCGGCCAGUAAUGCCUGGGAAACUCCUCUGGGGGGACAUUAUGGAGCUGGAAGCACCUUUGGAGGAGCCCGAGAGCCAGAGGAAGGAGAGGCAAAAGAGUAACAGAAGGAAGUCAAGGCACCAUUAUGACUCAGAUGACAAAUCAGAAACAAGGGAAAACGGUGUUGCAGAUGACUUAGAUGGUCCCAAAUCCAAAAAAGCUAAAACGAGAGAGAAGCUAAAUGGAGACACUGAAGAAAGAUUUGACAGACUUUCAGAUGAAUUCUCUACAUCUCGGAGGUCAAGGAGGAAACAUCUGCCAAAUGGAAGUAUUGAGUAUGAAAACAGAUCAAAACGUGUAUCUUCCUUGGACAGUUCUCACAAAUCGAGUGAUAAUAAACAAGAGGAGACCCUAACGCGUGAACAGAAAGAAGGAGCCUUCUCUAAUUUCUCAAUCUCUGAAGAGACUAUAAAGCUUCUGAAAGGUCGAGGGGUAACAUACUUAUUUCCUAUUCAAGUUAAGACCUUUGGCCCUGUGUAUGAAGGAAAGGAUCUGAUUGCUCAAGCACGGACAGGAACAGGGAAGACAUUCUCUUUUGCCAUCCCCUUGAUUGAAAGGCUCCAAAGAAAUCAAGAAACAGUUAAAAAAAGCCGCUCACCAAAGGUACUUGUUUUGGCUCCAACAAGGGAACUGGCCAACCAAGUAGCCAAAGACUUCAAAGAUAUAACUAGGAAACUCAGUGUGGCCUGUUUUUAUGGUGGAACAUCAUAUCAAAGUCAGAUUAAUCAUAUUCGAAAUGGUAUUGACAUCUUGGUUGGGACACCUGGUCGAAUCAAAGACCAUCUGCAGAGCGGCCGGUUGGAUCUCUCUAAGCUACGCCAUGUUGUGCUUGAUGAAGUGGAUCAAAUGUUAGAUUUAGGUUUUGCUGAACAAGUUGAAGAUAUUAUCCAUGAGUCCUACAAAACUGAUUCUGAAGACAAUCCUCAGACUUUACUUUUUUCUGCAACUUGCCCACAGUGGGUGUACAAAGUUGCAAAAAAAUACAUGAAAUCCAGAUAUGAGCAGGUUGACCUUGUUGGAAAAAUGACUCAAAAGGCUGCAACUACGGUGGAACAUUUGGCCAUCCAAUGCCAUUGGUCUCAGAGGCCGGCAGUAAUUGGGGAUGUCCUUCAAGUGUACAGUGGGUCUGAAGGGAGAGCUAUUAUUUUUUGUGAGACCAAAAAGAACGUAACUGAAAUGGCCAUGAAUCCGCACAUUAAACAGAAUGCCCAGUGUUUACAUGGGGACAUUGCACAGUCACAGAGAGAGAUCACUCUAAAAGGCUUCAGAGAAGGUAGUUUUAAAGUUCUGGUGGCAACUAAUGUUGCUGCCCGUGGUCUGGACAUUCCUGAGGUUGACCUGGUAAUUCAGAGUUCUCCUCCACAGGAUGUUGAAUCCUAUAUCCAUCGCUCUGGACGUACAGGAAGAGCUGGCCGGACAGGAAUUUGUAUAUGUUUUUAUCAACCUAGAGAAAGAAGUCAGCUAAGAUAUGUGGAACAAAAAGCAGGAAUUACUUUUAAACGUGUAGGUGUUCCUUCUACAAUGGAUUUAGUUAAGUCUAAAAGCAUGGAUGCCAUCAGGUCUCUGGCUUCCGUUUCUUAUGCUGCUGUUGAUUUUUUCCGACCAUCAGCUCAGAGACUGAUAGAAGAGAAAGGGGCAGUGGAUGCUUUGGCUGCAGCAUUAGCCCACAUCUCUGGUGCAUCAAGCUUUGAACCACGAUCUUUGAUCACUUCUGAUACGGGGUUUGUGACCAUGACUCUGGAGAGCCCUGAAGAGAUACAAGGUGUCAACUGUGCUUGGAAGGAACUUAAUAGAAAGCUGAGUAGUAAUGCCGUGGCUCAAGUUUCCAGAAUGUGCCUUCUAAAAGGAAAUAUGGGUGUUUGCUUUGAUGUUCCUACAACUGAGUCAGAAAGAUUACAGGCAGAGUGGCAUAAUUCAGACUGGACACUCUCAGUACCAGCCAAAUUACCUGAAAUUGAAGAAUAUUAUGAUGGAAAUACAUCUUCUAAUUCGAGACAGAGGAGUGGCUGGUCAGGAGGUCGGUCAGGCCGGUCAGGCCGGGCAGGUGGUCGAUCUGGCCGGUCAGGACGACAGAGUCGACAGGGAAGUCGGUCAGGGAAUCGACAAGAUGGUAGAAGACGAAGUGGGAACCGAAAUCGAUCAAGAAGCGGGGGACACACACGGAAUUUUGACUGAGUGUUUGAUAAUCUAUCCAUGUGAGCUUAUCUAUUUUCUGCCUAAUCAUGUAUAUUAUCCAUGAAAAAUUAGAUCAUCACAGUUGAAGUAUGUGUCUGCUAUUUACAAAGAAGUUGGUCGUAUUUUUUUAAAAAGUAUUUCACAAGAAUGGUUGUAAACAAAUCUACUUAUCCAGUUAUACCUUUGAAUAAAAAACUCCUUUUAUUGUC